CGUCUCGCUUUCAAAUGUACCCCCCAAUCUUUAAGGAGUGGAUGACAAUCUUAACCGAGUCCCGGUCCCCCACGCUGGCGGCUGUUGAUCAAAGGACACUGCACCUUCCUGGAAUCCACACUCUCAGGAAAUCUCCACUGCCUGACCCCUGGGCCAAGAGCUACACCCACUAUCUUUUUAAUAUUCAUUCAGGGGUUCUGGGAUUCGUUAGGUGGGCCAGCACGUAUUUCCCAUCUCUUAUUGCCCGUUUGGGAGGCGGUUAUGAGCUGCCUCCUUGAAAGGCUGGAGUCCAUGUGAUGCAGGUACACCCACAGUACUGUGCGGGAGGGAGUUCCAUUAUGUUGACCCAGUGAUGUUGAAGGAACGGCCAAUAUAUUUCCAAGUAAGAAUGGUGAGUGGCUUCCAGAGGAAUUUCCUUGUGGUGUUGUUCCAAUUUUUCUGCUGCCCUUGCCCAUCUCGAUGGUAUGGUUCGUGAGUUUGGUAGAUGCUAUCGAAGGAGACAUGAAUAUCACCCAGUGAUGUGGACUCUGCUACUGAUUCCCGGUUUCCUGAUCGUAGAUUCAGCACUCACUGACCCUUGUGCAAAUCACACCAUCCUGGACCAGGCCUGGAGGAGCAUCUAUUGUAAAUGGACUGAGUGCACUGGCCAUUGGAUGUGUGAUGACAAACUUCAGGAUGGAUGGUACCAAUUUAAAAGUUCUGGUGGAUUGAAGAUUCCAGACACUCUCAUCCCAUUCGGUUACUGUUCCACAAGUUCUUCAGGCUGGUUAAAUGGUUCACAUCCCACCGUGGGAGAGGGGGAAGUAACCAGGACAGUUUGUUUUACCUCGGGUGAAAAUCGCUGCUUCUGGACCCGAGAGAUAAAGAUUAAAAACUGCAGCAGUGACUUCGUUUAUAAGCUGAAGCCGGUGCCAAGCUGUAAUGCUGCUUAUUGCACAGAUCCAGGUACAAUACCAACUCUGAAACCUGAGGAACAGUCGACUCGUGAAUACGAUGUCACUGCAUCAUCGAGCCCAACAGAAUCGGAAAUAUCAGAUCCUGGGACUUCCCCAACUCAGGAACCCGAGGAAGAAUCGACAAGUGAAUUAGUUGGUAUUUCAGCCUCUAUUUCAGGGAAGACUUCAAGCACAGCAGAUCCAGGGAAGUUCCUAAUUCCAGUACCAAGGGAACAAUCGACGACAGAGUCCAUUGAUAUUUCUCCCUCUGUAUCAUCAAAGUCUUCAAACUCAGAUCCAGGGAAAACACCAACUCCGGAAUCUGAGGGACAGUCGACUCGAAAAUCCUCUCUCCCUGAAUCAUCCAGCCCAAAAGGAUGUGAAAUAUCAGAUUCUGAUUUCAAGACGAUUCGCGUGAAGGUCACCUCAGUACGAGGGCUCAAUGAAGAGAGAGCGAGGGACAUCAUUAUGGAUCGGCUCCAGAAGGAUCAAUGUCUAAUUGGGUUGAAGCGCGAGGACAUUCAGUGCUCAGGUGUGGACCAUCCAGAACCGUGAAAGAGAUGGAGAGUGUCACCGAGCCGCCGUGAUCCCAGCUCCUUGUGCAUUUCAAACUCGCUCGAUGACUACUCUGCUUUACCUUCAGCGUCUUUAAUGCAAUGAAUCUGUCAGCAAAGUGAUCGUCCACAACUAGGCAUGUGUGAUUCUGAUACGCCUAUUGCUUCAGCUCCACACUGCAAGAGUGGGGGAGUUCUUCAAGCUUAGUUAAAUAUAGAAUGCGGCCCCUCUUUUAGAUCAGUGACCUCUGGCCAGCCUGAAGCCAGAUUGGCUCACCAGUUCCGGCCCGUUUCAGGCUGGAAGUGAUCUCCUGUUUAAUGAAGGCUUUCGAUUAAAGAUCUCCAGAUGUGUAAAAGCCCUAAAGUUUCAUGGAACUGUCAACACUGAGAAUGGGCACAUGGACCACAGGUAGAUGCUUGUUACAGGACAGCCACUGGGAAGAUAUGCUCUAUUUAAUCAAUGUUUCUGUAGAAUGGGGGAAUAAUUUGGUGCUGGGCUUUGCAAAACCAAAAAUAGGCUCACAAGUCAAGAUUAUAUUGAAUGUAAGGAUAAUUUCGUUUGGCAAUAGUUGGGUUAGUCUGCUGUAUAAAUUUGCGAUGAUGUUGGUGUGACAGAAAGAAAAUGUAAGGGGAGCAGCUGAAUUAAGAUAAGAGACUGAUGCUAGGUGGAUUCCUUACACGGAAUUAUAUUCAUGUGAAAAGUAAGAAUUUUUUUUUUUACAUUUUUCACUGACGACCAUCAAUAGAAAUGUUGCGAAAUGACUCAUUGACCCUACAUGGUAAUCCAAACAAACUGCACAGGUCAGCAAGCUGGGCUUCAAUUGAUGGGUAAUCAGACAAGGAAAUAUCUCAGCUCGAAAGGCAUCAAUAAAGUGGAAGAUUGCAAACAGUGUUCCAAUUACAAGGGUUUGAAUGGCUGAACACUGAGUUUACAACUAAAACAUGCUUACAUCACUGAUAACAGCAGUCUGAUGUGAAAUCUGUUUGAUUUUAAACUUUGUGUGUAAUUGCUGUUGCUUGAGUUGUGUGCACAAUAAAUUUCUGAACGCUUAACCUGAACCUUUUAGGAAGCUCUUUCAUCUUUUACUGGAAUGGUUGGAUCACCUGACACCUUUCUUCUCUCCCUUUCUAUUUGAGGGCUGCUCACUGAGUGGAGAGUGUCAGUGUCAGGAAGGCAUGGGAGUGUGAGGGAUGAGUUGGUUCCACAUUCCCAGCUCCCAGAGUCAAAGCCUCUUCUUAAAAUCCUUUCACUGUCUUGUGAUUAAAGUGAUACAACCCAACCUCUGCUGGACGCCCCCCUGCCUCUACAGGCCCUGCUCUUAGCCUGUCCUGGAGAAGUUCAGUUGUUGCAUGGCUGCCUCUGGAAACAUAUCAAUGAAGUGUGAAUAUUGAACAAUGUUGAAAAGCAUUGAAGUUUGCAGAGGGAUGGAAAGUUCACUCGGGUGGUGCAUUUGUUAGCUGACCACCUGACCCUUUGCAAGAACUUUCUCCUCAUUCUCCAUUGGAGAUAUUGUCUUGAGAUGGUAGUUGGGUAUUAUUUCAGACAGCAAGGUGCACAUUUGCUUCAGUUAUCAGGCUCUAAUCCAGUACAGAAUGGAAGUAGAUAAACGUUGCUGUACUCUGUAAUUCCUGUGCAACACAUUGGCAAUGUUUGACCCGACACAUUGGAUCUUGUUAAACA